AUGUGGAUACAGACGAAGCUCAACUGGUUUCCGCUUUCGGUAAUCGAACAAUCAGGAUCGAGUGUCACCGUUGCGAUUCUCGUGGAAGACCAGACGAUUGUUCGCUCUCUGAUAUUUUUGGAAACUGGAAACCAUGGUUCACUUCGGGAAAUCGUCUCCGUCCUGUUUCUACGUGGCUCUGAUGCUGUACGAUUGUUUCGAGUCGCAAAACCGAGACUGAUCGGGCAAUCGGCACAUGCUGUAAUUCGGUUAAUGCAAGCUAAAGAAGAUAUGAUGAUGUUCUAUCAGUCCAUACCCGAUUCAGUGUUUCGCGUCCCUUGGGAUCCUGCCCCUUGCAGAUUUGUAGUCCGCUUACCACGCGAAGCUAAUUUCUCCCCUGUGGAUGGCAGGAUAGAUUACUCGAUAUGGUGCAACUUUCUGGGGAAUUAUGGCCUUAGGUUGGGAAACACAACUAUGUAG